AUGGUAUCAGGCAGCGGGUAUCACAACUCCCCGAGUCUGGAUCAUGGAGUCAACAAUCACCAGGCGAGCUCGCGUUCCCCUUCGUCAUCCCCCGACCCACUUCUCCUGUCCACCCCCUCCCGUUCGUGCGAUUCGUCGCAGCCGUUGGUCGUCAAAACACCCAACACAUUCUCUCCAAUCACUCCCCUGUCCUCCCCUCAAUCUCCCAAGUCCUCUCUCAGUGCCGAGGAGCCAACGCACCCGCCGUACGACCCUUCCCUCACCCCGGGUCCCUCUACUGCCCAGCCUGAUUACCACAACGAGAUCGACGUGGGUGAUCACGACUUAGGGCGCUAUUCCCUACGAGCACGGAAACCCAAUCAGCUGAAGCCGUACGAGUACGACAGAGCUCUGUACAAGCGUCAGAUGCGCUCCAAUCCUGAUGCAGUAGUUAAAGACGUCGCUCGCCGACGUUCUGUCACGGUUGAACCCCGUGAAGACUCUUCAGGUGCAGAAGACGAAUACGUCGCGCCAGCCGAAGAUUCUCAACCGCAAGAAGAGAGCACGAUGCAGUCUGCAUCGGAGGAUCCAUUUGGUGAUGAUGGCAAAACAACGGAUCCAUGGCUUGAGCGCGUAUUCAAGGGCCUUUCCAGCAGCAGUAGCGACGACGACGAUCUUCUGUUGCUUGCAAAGACGCAGAAGAAGAAAGGGAAGCAGCACCGCAGACGGCCAAGGGCCUUCCCUCUCAAGGAUCAAGAUCUCCGCUCCUCGCCUCCUGCCAAUCACACAUCCCAUUUACCUCCGACUCAGCCACUGUCACAGCCUCCAUUUUCACCGUUAAACUCUCGUGGUCCUCCUCCCAAACCAAGACCACGACCAAGGAAACGCAGUGAAGACGGAGAAGGCGACUCUCCACCCCCCAUACUUCGCUUCCGGCGCAGCGUCACCUUCUCCUCCAAGAUGCAGGAAACUCGUCCUACAGGUCAUGUAAACGGAGAUCAUGACGACGGCGAUUUCGGUCUUGGCUCCCUUCCUGAACCCCUCGUGAUGAACUUAUCUAUGAGCCCAGAACCCGAACCCGAACCCGAACCCGAACCCGAACGGGCCGUCUCGAGUGCCAGUUCACAAGCCCAGCCUCCGCCCACCUCCGACAUGAUGAACGGUCUCGAUGAUGCUCCAACGACCUCUUCGGAAGACUCGGAUAGCUCAGACAGCAGAAAUGAGGCUCUGCGCCGGAAAGACCGGAAGGACAGAAAAGCUCUCGCCCACGUAAUGCCAGGUGUCUGGAUCAGGAAACAAUUUGAACGCCAAUUCUUCGAUAAGCCUGCACCUCGAAGUCGCACGCCGCCUCCCCCACCAGCCGAAGAACCGGAACUCCGUCCAGGCCAAUCGCGGAAGCGCAUCAGACCCACACAUUCAACUCAAGCUCUGCAGAUCAAGGAUGGUUCAGAACCAGAAAGCUCCGACGCUGACCCUCCCGCCGCACAUCUCCCUUCCUCCGCGCCAGCGCCUUUGUUCCCAGAAUUACUAUCGUCAGAUGAAAGCGAAACUUUGGACAUGGAUGGCGCUGUGAUUGAGCCCAUUGGCCAUCGACCUCGACCGAAGUUGCGGCCAGAUGAUGACAUCUCGCUGUCUUCGGAUAAUGACGAGUCUGUGGGCGAUUUCAGCGACAACGACCGAAUUCAAGCCCAAAGGCGACGAAGACGGGCAUUCGACGACGAAGUGAGAGAGGGCGAUCUGAUUGAUCGAAUGCUCUCCCGCACCAACAUCUCAAGUGGUAAGCGCAAGAAGCGACGGAAAGGCGGGCGGCGGAAGGUGGGGACUUCCGGGUAUCGUACGGGAGGUGGCGGCACUGGUAGAAGGAAUCAAGAAGACGCAAAUCGCAGGCAGACAGGACGGCGCAACCACAGUGAAACAGGCCUACGACCUAAGGAGGGUAGCCAUAAUGCUCGACUCCACGUCACCACCGCUGGUUCUAAGCGAUAUGGUCCUGGACGGCAAAGCCUGCUCCCCUUCCAGAAACUGGCGAGCCCGGAGGUUCAUGAGGAGCACGAGGAUUUCGCCUCACCUCCGUCACCACUUCUCCUGAAUGAGGUGCAGUUCACGGGCGACGAACCCGCUUUGGCCAAGCAACAAGCAGCGAAGAAGAAAGCCAAACCCGCCGGCGUUCACAUCUUCUCUUCUGGUACUUCGCAUCUGGUCACUGGGAGAACGAACGAUCUUCCCAUCACCGUCGACGAAGAAAUCGAUAUCGCGCCUGGGCUAGAAACUGCCCUUCGCCAGCCCCAACCUGAUCAUCGAAAACGGAAGCACAGAGAUAUCCGUCGCUCUUCCUCAGGGCACAUAGCGACAUUGGAGUACUUCUGGAGGAACGACGAGUAUCAAGCUGACGGCUGGCUUAUUCCGGAUCCCCCAUUGUCGCAAGAACACACUCGGUCCACCCAUGAAGAUCGCCAUUGGCAACACGGCGACCGCCUCACCAUUGACAUGGGAAUCCAGCCACUACCGGCUGGCAUAGCGUUCCCGCGAGCGACGUUCCUCGGACACGGCUGGCUGUAUGAUCUCGUCCACUUCCUCUCUGACCCGAAGGACGCCGUUGCUCCGCAUCCGUGCACAUUUCUCGACUGCCACCUUUCCCCCGAUAUGUCAAUGGCCGACUUCACAGCAUCUCUGGACACCGUUUAUGACGCCCUUCACCAAGCUGUGCUCGGAGACCGUGAGCCCGCCGACUACGACGGGUGUCGCCAAUGGCAGUCUUUCCUCUACACCCUUUCACAGUACACAUCCCUCGUCCUCUCCAAGGUCGAAGCCCACGAGUAUGCGUUUCUCGCCUCCGAAGCCGUAUCAUUCCUGGAGCGACUGGGAGCCCUAUUGGAAGCGCCGACGGAGGUGUUGCCUGAGGACGAGAACCCCAAUCCUUUGGUCUUACAAGUGCUGUGGUUUCUCGUCGAAACCACUUGUCGUAUAGCUCGCGCCAAUCGCCAGCAUUCCCAUAUCGUCGACAAGGAACUGGUGAAGACAAGGAUUGGGACGCUCGUCAGCCGACUUUGGGAUUUCACCUUCGGUAUGCUCAGCAAGCCAGUCAAUCUCACGGAAGAAGGGAUCGUCCACCGAUCGAACAACCAGCUCACUUUAGAAUUGUGGGUGUGUGUCCUCAAUCUCUGCAACGAUGCCAUCGUUCGAGAGUCAUACCUCGCCCAAGAUACGUCGUUCUGGACUAUCUACCUAGAAGCACUGCGCUCUAAAGGCCUCGCGACGCGGCAAACAAGUGGCGUCUACUCUGCAUCAUUGAAUACACAGGAAAUCAUGUGGAGAAGUGUUUUCGCCAUAUGCGCUCUCUCCCAGUUCACCCUCCACGGUGCGACGUCCACUUCCCUUCGUGCACCUCCAUCGUGGAACGUCGUGGACAGUAUCAUCGAGCUCGCCCCCCUCUCCACCGACUCUCCCGUAAUGAAGGCUGCGGAUAAGCGUCUUCGCCUGAAGCUCGAGAAAUACGUCCGGCUGCUUGUUUCUCGGUGUCUUUGGCUCAAUCUCGGCUGGCGCUGGUCGCUGAAUAGUCCAGACGCGGACAAGGUGUUCAAUGAGCUCGCCCAUAUCUUCAAGUCCCGACGCUUCGCAAACCUCCGGGACGAAUCCGCCGACUUUCCCAGCUUCCUCCGCCGGAACGACCUCUCGCUCCUCCGGCAGAAGAAAGACAGCGAUACGGCAUUCGCCCUGUAUUUGAAGAUGGUUGUUCGUGCGGCAGACGACAUGCGCAAAGAUCUCCCCACACCACAGUCCGCGACCACACCCCCGAUGCUCAAGAAGCUCCUCUCACUUAUCCUUCCUGUGGGCACAGUGCCGUUCACGAAGGAGAAGGAACCUACAGCGCAUGAGCUCUCCCAGUUGUACAACAGGUUCAGUGCAGUUGCGGUUGCGAUUUACUUGGAGCCUUCACCUUCCAGUGUUCAUCACCGCCUCUUGAACGCCCGCCGAUACGCCAACUUCCGGGACGCGGACGAACAAACACGGCGCGCGUGUAUUCGAGGGGCCAAGCAGCUCGCCAUCCUUCUUCGACAUAUGAGGCUUCCGUUUACGGAUAUCCUCGGAUGGCUCGAAGACAUGACCAACGUCUACAUCAACGAGUACGAGCAAACCUCCAAGGCACCUGGGCCACCAACAACGGGGCCGCGCGUCAAGACGUCACCCGAAACUGGUUUACAGCUCAUUCUGGGUGCCGUCCGGCACUUCUUGGAGACGCCAACGAUGGAUGCGGAAGGUGGAGACGACGAGGCCAAAUAUCCUGAUCCCGAGUUUCUGCAAGGCCCCUGGGUCACCCGCAUUCUUUCGACCAGUUCCGACUUGUGGCAGCGACCCGGAACGGGCAACGAGAUCCGUCGCCUUGUGCAAGCGUUCCUGGAUGCUCGAGCGCGAGUGAUUCCUGCACCGGGCCGGCCCCCUCGUAAACCGCCUACAGAGGACGAAGAGAGUCAGGACUACUUUGACGACCUUGACUUCGACGAUCCCGAGCUCAUCGCUGCCCUCGACCCAGAGGUUUCACCCAUCCAGCAGGAGAAUAAGCGGAAGGAUGCCCUCGUCGCCGAUAUCAUCAACACGAGCAUCGCCGGAGCAGUCUACCGUCUCGUCUGCAAGCAUUUCACCAGCGCGACGUACCAGGCUCGCGGCGAGCCAUCCUUCAACGAUGCAGAUGAGUGGAUCGACUGCUGGGUCGGCUGCGCGGCCGUCGUCGUCCAGAAAGGCGCCCGCGACUGGAGCCACUACCUCAGCUACGGGAGCGAGUCGUGGAGCAGGAUCAUCGAGCCCGACUGGAAGCGUCGCGUUGGGCUCCGGUUCAUGUACCGCCUGCUCCAGCUCGACCCUUCUGCAUACCCCGCGCACAUCGACGACUUCGUGGAGACGCUCUUCCGCGCACUCGCGACCACGACGGUCACGCUCGAACAUCAGUACGCGGCGCUGCUCUUCUCGAUCGACAACCUCUGUCACCCGCUCUUCCGCGCACUCGGGCCCAUCCUCCCGCCCCCUCCACCCGGACAGGACUUUCAGCUCAGCAAAACAGAAUUUUCCGAGUUGCGCCUCCCCCUCCUCGAAGCCAUUCUCGCCACGCUCGCCGCCUCCCUCGCCGACGAGGCGGCGCACCACGCCCCACCCGCGAAGCUCACCGCCGAGAACCAGCGGCACCUCACCGCCGUGCUCGCGUUCGUCGGCACGCUCCGCGACGUGCACGGCGCACUCCUCGGCGCGGCCCAGCCCGUGCGGCGCGCGGCACACGCGGCGCUGUGUCGCGACGCGCGCGCGCUCCUCCCGCGCUUUCCCGAGAUCGACCGGCACCCGCGGCUGCACGGGUCGGAGUCGGUUGCGUGGCUGCGCGCGGAGGACUUCGGGCAGGGGCCGGCACCGCCGUGA